UCAAUGUCUACCGUACAUGUAAUCUAAGCCAUUGCCUCCAAUGUGACGGCAUCGCUGCUGUGAAUCCUCCGAUACAGCCAAGACACUGUGGGAGACCUAUGGAAACUUGGGUAGUUGUAUCUCGUACAGUGAGGAUUGAAACAGCGCUGGAGUUACAGUAUCGUGAAGACAACUUUCGUUAUUAGCAUAAGUGUUGAUGUAUUUUGAGUUUACCUAUAUGUGCUAUAGUUUCACACCUGUUAAAUGAACAGGUGAUGCAGUACACGUGUAAUGACAGUUGAGGAGCUACAGGUGUGAGAAAUGCUCGGUAUGAAAGAAAUCACAGGUGUGUGAGCGGGACCAUCAGAAACUGAAGACAGAUUGAUGUGUUUAAGUUAAAUGUAAAUGUUAUUACGGAACAAGCAUAGAUACUUCUGAGGAUACGGAGAUAGUAUACAACUUUCCAACUAAAACCACACGUGUCUGCUGUCAAGAUAAACGUCGGAAAAACACAGCCGUGGGAUAUAUAUUCAAUGGACGUCUCCGUGGUCAUCUUCGGACUGCUGGCCUCAGUUUUCCGGACAGCUGAUUUCACAGACCCGUGUUCCAUUCCUCUGACAGGAUACGAGAGUUUUAUCACAGAUGUUCCCGAGGACACACUUAUCGGUUCCGUGUUGGGGAAACUUAGGGUAUCUGGAAGGCCGGACGAGGUGGAUCUAAUCCAACAAACCAACGAUUAUCUCCUCCUGGAUCAAGUCAGCCGUAACAUAACCCUCCAGAAGGCGCUUGACACAGACCAAGGAACCAGCACUAUCAUUCUCAGGGUUGAAUGUAGCAUCAAAAAUGAAAUCGAUUCUCCAUCGAUUCCCCUGAUGGUAAGGGUUAUUCUUGAAGAUGUUAACGACAACCCGCCCGUUUUCCCACGUGCAAACUACGUCACCAAUGUGACAGAAGACACAGCUCUUGGAACAAUCAUUUUCCGAGACGCCAUCGCAACGGAUGCGGACCAGAAAGGAGGCGGAAACGACCAGAUAUCUUAUCGAAUCCUCCCCGGCUCUUACUCGAGCUAUUUCGACAUCGAGUAUCCCCUAUAUCCCGAUAUAAAACUCAGGAAACCACUCGAUUUCGAGACUCUCAAACAGCUAACAGUGGAUAUCGAAGCACAGGAUAAUCCAGUUCGUGGACUCAGUAUGAACAACAGUGCCACCUUAACAAUAAUUGUUAUGGACACCGAUGACCUAAUUCCGACAUUCACCUCCCAAUACUAUAAUGGAGAUGUGAAUAUCGAUGCCACAAGGGGUACCGUGGUGCUUGUCAACCCGCCACUCAAAGCACGCGAUCAGGACCAGCUCAACACUACAGUCAUAUAUCAGAUAUACGAUCCCAGUUAUCACUUCUUAAUAAACGAGACUACAGGAACGAUAACUGUUGACUCCAAGCUGGCCGGGACGACGUAUUCUGCUCUCAUCAAGGCGACCCAGAUCGACAACCCAUUAAGAUAUGGAGUUGCCCUAGUACAAAUAAAAGUCGCCGGGUUGAACAUAACAUUGCCUAACGGCCCUUCUUUCCGUCAACGUUUGUACGAAACUACCAUCGCGGAGAGCCAGCCACCAGGAACCACCAUUAUGACGGUACCAGUCACGGUUAAGAACCCUGCUGGUGAUUUGAGCUUCAACAUAUUGGAAAACAUUUCUGAGUUUGCAGUAGACCAGAGAGGAAACAUCUUCCUAACUAGAUCUUUAGACUACGACGCACAAGACAAAGAAUAUCGAUUCACUCUGGAGGUGUCGGAUGGCAUGCAUGUGGCUACCACACCUAUACAUAUUCGGAUAGAUAACGUUAACGACAACUCGCCGGAGUUACUGAACUCAGAAUUCACAGUGAACACGCAACGGGUUCAGGGCACCAUAGUCACGGCCAUACAGGGUCAGGACAAAGAUCCGAACACACAUCUUCAGUAUCAGCUACGGACACAUACGUCACUAUUCGCCGUCAACUCAGUUGGAGAUAUCAGUAUAACCGCAGCACCAAGAGAGCUAAAAGAGGAAAGUUAUCUUUUAGUAGUCAAUGUUGCUGAUGAUGGUGUUCCUCAGAGGUCAACAGUUGCCCUAGUAACGAUCAAGUUCCCACGUCAUCUGCUAAUGUCCCGUGGCUUGUUUGCGAUAGAAGGGACAGCUUUGCUGGCUGUUAUAUUAGGCGCCGUUGCGGCUGUCCUCUUUGUAAUUGUCGUUAUCUUAUUUGCCUAUAUCAUACGUUGGAAACUGUCCUACACGAAUGAAAAACUUACGAAAGUGAGACAACAAAACGGAUUGGAUCCCAAGGGACUGAUGUACAAGUCUGGCAAACCUUCAAUAGACUCCGUUUCUGUCGAUAUAAAACAAAAUAUCAAUGGUGACAUUAGAAAGAUACCGAACACAGCUAUGCCAACAAAUAUUCGAGAAAAUCCGUUAUCAGAUGACAAGAUGCAUUACGGGUUUUCAAAACAAACUAAAGAAAGAAGUGACGAGAUUCAUAUAAACUCAGCCGUUAUUCCGUACGGAAAUUCAUUCAACAAUUACGAAGAGCGACGAGCCAAUCAGAAUGACGUUUUAAAGACUUUCCACGUGCCCGAGGGCAGUAGUAGUGGGGAGAGUAGUGACAGUACUGGUGAUAGUAAAAGGGGUCUGAUGAACGUUUGUCUCCCUAAGACCACAUCCCUGUGUCAGACUAAUAACUUGUCCUGGGUCGACAACGACCGGACCAACUCAUAUGACUGGGAGGAAAAUCUACCACAGGAUAUGAAGAAAUCCAACAGGAAGCCUAAAAUUACAGUCUACUUUUGAUGUUUUACUGAAAGAUUUAUGGACGUUUGAUGUGUGCAACAUAAACAAUACAAAUAUAUACUUUAGUAAGUCAACACAAUUAUGUUAUCAUAAACAAUGCCUGAUUGACGUAUAGAAAGGCUUCGUAUAUCCCC